AUGGCAAGGGCAACGUAUCAAACCAUUGAGUCAUCGGUGGUGGUGGAAAACCAGACGAUUCCGUUGUGGCUGAAAAGAUUGGCGCCGUUUGAGGGGAUCGAUGAAAACCAGGCCGGGCCUUUGAAAAAUUUUGGCAACGGCGGUGGUGGAAAUGCAAACAAUUCUGCGGCCACACAACACGGUGGUGGUACGGAUGAAUACAAUUCCAGGUCUAUAAAAGUUUGCGGUGUUAGCACGUACGUUUGGCCAGCCCCCCCCCAAUGGAAAAUCCAUAAAUGA